CGGUCUGUUCUGAGCCCGCGUGACCACAGCUCCCGCCCUUGCCUGGCGGUUGGUAUUUAAGGGACCGGCUCCGGGUGCUGGCAUCUCCUGCCUGCCCAGAUUUGGAAUUCUUCUCGGAAGUCAUCAUGGGCGUUUUCCAAACCUUGAUGAAAAGGAAGGAACUCAUUCCUUUGGUGGUGAUCACCGCCGUGGCCGCAGGCGGAGCCUCCUCUUUCGCCCUAUAUGCCCUGCAAAAAACCGACGUGAUUCUUGACCGAAAAAGAAAUCCAGAACCUUGGGAAACUGUGGACCCUACUGUGCCAACAAAGCUUAUAACGAUCAAUCAGCAAUGGAAACCCAUUGAGGAGCUGCAGAAGGUCCGGAAGGCAUCCAGAUGAGCCCGCUUGGCCUCUUCCAAUGAAUGCUCUAUGAAUCUAGUGGAAACAUUUCUGCACAAACUAGAUUUUGGUACCAGUGUGCGGAAUUGCUUCUGCUACAUUUCUAGGGUUUGCCUACAUUCUGUGGACUCUGCAUAAGCAAUUAAAGGAAGUACAUAGUCCAAAAAUAAUUUUCUGUGUUUAUUGUUGUAAAUUUAAAUUUACAUUUGAAAUUUUACAUUUAUGAUGUAUUCCCUGAAAUGUAUAAAUGUGUGUAAAUUAGAUUAUCUGUAAUAAAAUACUACUUCUGCAUUUGUGCAAGAUGUCUAAAAAAUUAAAUAACU